ACCUAAUCGAAGCGAUAUGGUGGAUUCAGUUUGAGUGAGUCCGCGACCACGUUAAGAUGUGUGGUUCCAAUCGGAAGAAGCGUGAAGCUAACGCGGAUGAAGCUGUUGAACCAGAUUAUGACAAGGGGCAAUCCAUUUCCGUAAUUUGGGCGUUCGUCCUUACGGCUGCUGUCGUGGGGCUUUACUUCCUGGUGUAUUUGAACUGGGUUAGUUUACCCACCGGUCUUACGACGACCGAUGAGCCGUCUAAUCCCGGACGGUUUAUAGCUCAGCGAGCGCGGGAAAAUCUUGCCAAUUUGACCAGCAAUGGGCCACGUGUUGGAGGAAGUCCUACCAAUGAGAUUUUGACCGUUAACUUUUUACGAUCGACUAUCGAAGACAUUAUUCGUGAGGCUAAUCCAGUUCAUCGAAUUGAGGUCGAAGUUCAACAGCAGGAUGGUCAUAUGUUCUUCAACUAUCUUAACUAUCCGAUGACAUCCACCUACCAGGGUGUUCAAAAUGUGCUUGUAAAGCUGACUCCGGCCACUGGUCCGGAACCGGAAAACUAUCUCAUGUUGGGGUCCCACUUUGACAGUGUCCCACAAAGCCCAGGCGCAGGAGAUGACGGAACGAUGACUGUUGUUAUUCUGGAGAUCUUAAGGCAGCUUUCGCUGGACAGCACACCCUAUCGGCAUGGUAUCGUUUUUGUGCUGAACGGGUUCGAAGAAAAUGGACUGCAGGGUGCUCACGCCUUCAUGGCGUACCAUCGCUGGUGGAAUCGGGUUCGGGCCUUCAUCAACAUGGACGUGGCAGCCAACGGAGGCCGGGAGAUUAUGUUCCAAGCUGGUCCCAAGUUUUCCUUUUUGAUGGAGUAUUACAGAGACCACGUGAAGUACCCCUUCUGCACGGCCAUCGCGGAAGAACUUUUCCAGGCUAAUCUGGUACCAUCGGAAACGGAUUUUUACAUCUACAGUAGAGUGGGUGGCAAACCGGGAAUGGACUUCGCGCACGCUACUUGGGGUUACCUGUACCAUACGCAGUACGACGCCCUGGACACCAUUCCUGCGGAAACCCUUCAACAUACCGGUGACAAUGUGCUUGGCUUAGCCCGUGCCCUAGCAAACGCUCCAGAAUUGGCCAACAUCGACCAGCACGAGGGAACGAAGGCAGUUUUCUACGAUUUCCUCAACUGGUUCCUGGUCUACUAUCCGGAUUGGGUGGCGAUCAUCAUCAACAUCGUGGUGGCCGCUCUGGGAUUGGGUCUGAUGUUCGGUUCGUUUGCCGUCAUGGCCAAUAAGACAGGCGUCAGCUACGGUCGGAUGGUGGUUCAGUUUCUGAUCAGUCUCGGAGUACUUAUUCUGUCCGUUGGCGUUGGAAUUGGAUUCUCGAUCUUGAUGGGCGUAAUCCUGAAUGCUGCCGGUGGUUCGAUGUCAUGGUUUACGGAGAGCUGGCUCGUUUUCGGGCUGUACAUGUGCCCUUAUCUGAUUUGUAGCAUUCUGGGGCCGUUGCUGUUGAUAAGGCUGUAUAAAAUUGACGACAUCGGCCUACAGCCACGAGUCAUGCUGUUCCUAUUUGCUCAACAAUUCAUAUUCAUCGUCCUGCUGAUCACCCUCACAGCCAUGUCAAUCCGAUCGGCGUACAUUUUCACCAUCGUGGUGAUAUUCUUCAACGCCAGCACCAUCGUCAACAUGAUCUUCCGGUUCCGAAACUUCUACUGGAUCUACUCGCACCUGAUCGGACAAAUCAUCCCGGUUGCCUAUUUCAGCUCCUUCUCGUUGACCGUGUUCAGCACCUUCAUCCCGAUGCAAAACCGAGGAAGCGCCGAAUCGAACCCGGAAUUCCUGAUCGCCCUGUUUGCGAUCGUGGUCGCACUGAUGCUCACCAGCUUCCUUACGCCCCUGGUGGCCAUGAUGCGGCAACCCUUCGUCUAUUUCUCGGUUGUGGUUGCGUUCUGGAUUGUUAGCAUCAUCGUUUCCGUUACACCGAUCGGAUUCCCGUAUCGCGCCGAGACCUCACCUCAACGUUAUUACGUUUUUCACAUUGAGCGAAACUUCUACGAAUACGGUGGUGAACUGCGCAAGCAGGACAGCCACAUCUACAUACACCCUCAGGAUGUUCACUCUCCGGGAUACAUCAUGGACGUCGUUCCAGAGAUGUCUCGUGCUACCCUGCUCGGAGACGAAUGCGAACGGGAGCUGUACUGUGGAAUUCCCUACUAUCAGAGCAGCUUCCAUUCCCGGCGUCGAGUGGCCUGGUGGCUGCCAGCCGGUAGACCGCACUUCCCAGCUCCAGUUCGAUUUGAAGCAAAAGAAAUCGAAGAACAGAGUCCCACACGAACCCGGUUUACGUUCUCCGUCGAAGGACCCAGUCAUCAGGGCUUCUACGUUUCGCCAAUCCGUCCGAAUCGGCUAGUCGAGUGGAGUUUCUCGGACCAAAUUCCACGCAGUGGAUAUCCGUGGCGGGGACAGGAUGUGCAUUUCAUCAACUACGUCCAGGGAAUCGAUCAUACGCCGUACGAGUUUUGGGUCACGAUCGAACAUCCGGAAAAUAGGCCAAUCGAUGAGCCGAGUUUCCAUCUGAACAUAGUCGCUCAGUACAAUCACCACGAGCAGUAUCGAACGGCGGAGUUCCAGCAGUUUAUCGAUAACUUCCCAGACUUUGCACACGCUGUGGCCUAUCCGAGUUAUCUGGAAAGUCACCUUUUCUAAAGUUUUGAACGUGGGAUUUGAUGAAAUACGGGAAACUGUUUUAUUCGAGUAAUAAAAAUACACUAUCUAAAGCUGUUUUGUCUUUCCUGAAUUCUGUGUAAAAUAAUAGGCUAAGGAAGUUCUUUCAAUUUUCAUAAGUCUUUUUUCGGAGUUAUUUUUGCAAAAAAUCGCCAAAUUGUGUCAAAUUAUUC